AUGGCGGCCAUGAUGGCCUCGAUAACCAGCGAGCUCCUUUUCUUCCUGCCCUUCAUCCUCCUGGCCGUGCUCAGCUUCUACACCAUUACGGUUGCUAAAUGUAAUGCCGGCCGGACGAAGAAGAAGCGACCGAAUCUGCCGCCCGGCGCCGUCGGUUGGCCCUUCAUCGGCGAGACCUUCGGGUACCUCCGCGCGCACCCGGCCACCUCCAUCGGCCAGUUCAUGAACCAGCACAUCGCACGGUACGGGAAGAUAUACCGGUCGAGCCUGUUCGGGCACCCGACGGUGGUGUCGGCGGACGCAGGGCUGAACCGGUACAUCCUGCAGAACGAGGGGCGGCUGUUCGAGGUCAGCUACCCGCCAAGCAUCGGCGGCAUCCUGGGCAAAUGGUCGAUGUUGGUGCUUGUCGGGCACCACCACCGCGAGAUGCGCUCCAUCGCCCUCGACUUCCUCAGCUCCGCCCACCUCCGCGCCGUGCUCCUCCCGGAGGUUGAGCGCCACACCCUCCUCAUACUCCGCGACUGGCUGCUUUCCUCCUCCUCCGCCGUCUUCUCCGCCCAGCACGAAGCCAAGAAGUUCACAUAUAACCUGAUGGCGAAGAAUCUCAUGAGCAUGGAGCCUGGGGAGGAGGAGACGGAGCGGCUGAGGCUGGAGUACGUCACGUUCAUGAAGGGGGUGGUGUCUGCGCCCCUAAAGUUCCCCGGGACGGCCUACUCGAAGGCCCUCAAGUCGCGAGCCACCAUACUUGGAGUAAUCGAGUGGAAAAUGGAGGAGAGGCUUGAGCAAAUGAACAAGGAGGACUCGAGCACAGAAGCAGAUGAUCUUCUCGGGUGGGCAUUGAAGCACUCUAAUCUAUCAAAAGAGCAAAUAUUGGACCUCUUGUUGAGCAUGCUCUUUGCUGGGCAUGAGACAUCGUCAGUGGCACUUGCCCUCGCCAUCUUCUUCCUCGAAGGUUGCCCUAAAGCUGUCAAAGAACUGCGGGAGGAGCAUCUUGAGAUUGCUAGGAGACAAAAGCUGAGAGGGGACUGCAAAUUGAGCUGGGAAGACUACAAAGAGAUGGUUUUCACACAAUGCGUUAUAAACGAGACCUUGCGGCUAGGCAACGUGGUUAGGUUCCUGCACCGGAAGGUCAUUCGAGAUGUGCACUACAAUGGGUACGACAUUCCGAGCGGAUGGAAAAUUCUGCCGGUGUUAGCGGCAGUGCAUCUCGACUCAUCACUGUACAAAGAUCCCAACAGCUUCAACCCUUGGAGGUGGAAGGUCAGUGGCAACACAUCCGCCGUGGCGCACAACGGCAACUUCAUGCCCUACGGCGGCGGCACGAGGCUCUGCGCCGGGUCCGAUCUCGCCAAGCUCGAGGUGGCCAUCUUCUUGCACCACCUGGUGCUCAACUUCCGUUGGGAGCUCGCCGAGCCAGACCAGGCGUUCGUGUACCCGUUCGUGGACUUCCCCAAGGGCCUGCCCAUUAGGGUCCAUAGGAUUGCAAAGGAAGAAGGGGAAGACUAAAGCGUUUUGGCCGAGGACAUAUACGAUAGGUGAUUCAGUCUCGCGUCAAAGAGAAAUGUGCACAUGUUCGUCGUCGUUUUCUUUCCCUUUGGGCUUUGUGUUAUUUUUUCUUAGAACAGCGCUGCUUUAUUUAAAUAACUAGCAAGGCGGCCCUCGCAAAUGCGAGGGAAUGAUCUUGA